AAGACAAAUCUGAAACUACACAGAAACACACACAGACAUAAAUAAAAUUAAAAAAAUGGGUUCAACGGCGGAGACGCAGAUAACGCCGAACCAAGUCUCCGACGACGAAGCGAACCUCUUCGCGAUGCAGCUGGCGAGCGCUUCCGUGUUGCCAAUGGUUCUGAAAUCGGCCAUCGAGCUCGACCUUCUCGAGAUCAUGGCGAAGAACGCCGGUUUCUCCGCCCAAAUGUCGCCGUCUGACAUAGCUUCUCACCUUCCGACAAAGAACCCAGAUGCUCCCGUCAUGCUCGACCGAAUCCUCCGCCUCCUGGCUUCUUACUCCAUCCUCACUUGCUCCGUCCGUACACUCUCCUCCGGCGGCGUCGAGCGGCUGUACGGUCUUGGCCCUGUCUGCAAGUACUUGACCAAGAACGAGGAUGGCGUCUCUAUCGCCGCUCUCUGUCUCAUGAACCAAGACAAAGUCCUCAUGGAGAGUUGGUACCACCUGAAGGAUGCGGUGCUCGAAGGUGGGAUCCCGUUCAACAAGGCGUACGGAAUGACAGCCUUCGAAUACCACGGGACUGACCAAAGAUUCAACAAAGUGUUCAACAAUGGAAUGUCCAACCACUCCACGAUCACGAUGAAGAAGAUCCUCGAGACCUACAAUGGCUUCGAGGGUUUAUCCUCUGUGGUUGAUGUCGGUGGCGGCAUUGGAGCCACUCUCAGCAUGAUUGUCUCUAAGUACCCUGCCAUUAAAGGCAUCAACUUUGAUCUCCCUCAUGUCAUUGAGGAUGCUCCUUCUUAUCCAGGUAUUGAGCAUGUCGGAGGAGAUAUGUUUGUCAGCGUCCCGAAAGGCGAUGCCAUCUUCAUGAAGUGGAUAUGCCAUGACUGGAGCGAUGAGCACUGUCUGAAAUUCUUGAAGAACUGCUACGAAGCGUUGCCGGAUAACGGGAAAGUGAUAGUGGCGGAGUGCAUUCUUCCCGUGGCUCCUGAUCCGAGCCUCCUGACGAAACAGGUGGUCCACAUAGACUGCAUAAUGUUGGCUCACAACCCUGGUGGCAAAGAACGAACAGAGAAGGAGUUCGAGGCAUUGGCCAAAGGAUCUGGCUUCCAUGGCUUCCAAGUCGUCUGCAAUGCCUUCGGUACUUACAUCAUGGAGUUCCUCAAGAAGAUCUAAACUUCAUUCAAAUACAUACAUACAUAUAUGUAUGUAUAUAUAUUCCCAUUUGUAUUCUCUUCUCUUUUUUCGUGGUUAACAAUGGUUUCUGAGGGUUCCGUCUUCUUCGUUGUUGUUGAUGUUGCUGCCUUGUAAUGGGAGAUGGGUUUGUGUAUUGUCAUGUAAGAAAUGGAUAAUGAGUUUCAGCCCUCUGCUUUUGCUCUCUC